UCUUUUUAACAUUUACACCGUCAUUAAUCUUUAAGCAGUUCUAGCGAAUUUAUUGUGAAAGAAAAUGAAAGCUUCAGGGCAAAGUUUUUCCUAUCAUUCGUUUGUGUUUCGUGGAGAUUUAAAACGUUAAUCCCAACAAUAGGCACAAUUCAGUUCAUUUGACAUUCAUGUUUUCGUUUCGCCGAUUUCCGUCCUAUUUGUUUCGAUUAGAUGAAAUUCAUUCAGAGAACAUAUUGAAAUAAGAUGGUUGAUUAUGCCUUUGUACAGCAGACGUCAAAAACAGCAACAACAACGAGCUAACUAAACAACUAGACAUUAUUGUUUGUAAAUCUAUCCGUUUCAUAAGAGGCUUUGUUAAUCUUGUCUCAAAACCAGACAUGGCGACCAUUCCAUAAUUCUUAGAUUAAUGGACAUUAAGGUUGCUUUUUAUGGUAUAUGAUUGCAGAGUUCUUUAAAUUUGUCUUUUGUUACAAAACAUCGUGGAGGGGUCAAUGAUUUUAGGUCAUCGACUAGAGAGAAGGGUUGCGUUUAGAAAUUCCAUAAAUUUCCCAUGAUGGCAACAAGGCUAAACUCUAACCAACCACUCUGGAAGAAUGACAAAAAUCGCCAUUCCUCCGUGAGUUCACAUGUGUCGAAGUCAGACGGAGACCUCAAAUCCCAAAGAGUCAAGCGAACCAAACCAGAAUGGCAGAAUCGGCCUCGGUCUAUGACUUCGGAAACAAAUGUUUUCGAUAAUUUAUCAACAUCGACUGGAUUCGUGGAAAUGGAUAUGCAUAAUGCAAUGACAACGUAUCUUCCGCGAACCAACACCCCUUUAGAUUUUAACGCCGUCUACGAGACUUCGAAUGAUGUGAAGAGGAUUCGGCGUCUGAGUAGCGGACGCAACAGAUCAGUGACGCCAUCUAGAGGGCGACAGGUGGCGUCAUUUAUGGGCAGUGUCGAUUUGUCAAUGGAUGGCAGACAGAAGAAUCAUUUCAUCGAAACACAGAAAGUGUAUGAUGUGGACCGAGAACAUAAAAUGCGUCAAAGAGAACUUGUGUCAAAAUAUUCGACAUCCCGAUCCCGAUAUAUUCAGGAGCAACUACGAGAACAGCGUGAGGCCGCCAGGCAAAGGGUAAAAAAAGAAAAUCAAAUCUUAAGUCAGCUUAAAAAGAUGAGGAGAGAGUUUCAACUAGAGAAGGAGUGGCGGGUACGAUGCCAGUACGUCACAACCAGAGUUCUGGAGCACGAAAGGAUGGACCGUGAAUUGUAUGGACUUCCGCUAAACGUCCAAGCAGAUUUCUUCCCAAAGAAAAGGAAACCUAAGAGGCUUGUGACAAUCAACAAAAACAUUCCUAAAGAAACUUCGCGGUACCAGAAUAAAUCAGUGCAAACCGUUCCAAAUUUUUAUGGCAUAAAUUACCCGACAAUUGAGCCUCGGUUGAAACCUCCGUCUUUCAGUUGGAAAAACAAGCGGAAAAUGGACAAAAGCUGUGAAAACCAUUUCAAAGAAAGAAAUUCUGGUAACAACAUCCGAGAAAAUCAGGAAAUGUCAGCUUUGAAAAACAAAUCUAUAUCUGAGAAAAGCCCAGUGACAAGAAGUUCCGGACAACGUAUGCCGGUUCGUUAUUCAUUGGACAGGCCAAAUAACAUCCGUGCAGAACCGACGGGGAAAAGGACUGCUAGGGUGAAUUGAUUUUGAGAACGGGCAAUGUUGAAGCGAGAAAAUACAUUGUAUAACACAUUACAUAGACGACUGUGAUUUUUUUUUAUUCUGUCAUGAGAUACACAUGUUAGUUGUGGAGUUCUGGGACGUAUGUACAAAUUAUGUUGAUUAUCAUCUAGAAAUCAAUCACAAUCUUCUACAACAACAACAAAUACUGCAGAGAUACAGAUUUUCAUUUAUUUUCACGGUGUAUGCUAUGAUGAACCAUGUUAUAUUUUCUUCUAGAAAAUGUGUCUGUUUUGUAAACUAGCUGACUUGUGUGUGCAUCAGAUGCAAGGUGAAAAAAAACUAUGGAAUUUUAGUUCAGGUCAGAGAGUAAAAUUAUCAAACAAAUAAACCAGUAAUGAAACAUU